GUAGCAACUUCCUUAGGGAUGGAGUGUGUGCUGAUGCUGUGGCUCGGCCUGGCGCUGGGGUCCCGGGGGGUCCGUAGUCACCCUCAGCCCUGCGGAGUUCCCACGCGCAGUGGGGGCACCGUGCGCCUGGCUGCGCUCCUGCCCCGCGCCCCUGCCGCCCGCGCCCGCGUCCUGGCUACCCUAGCCACUCCUGCGCCUCGGCUGCCCAACAACCUGAGUCUGGAACUGGUGGCCGUCGCGUCCCCCGCCCGGGACCCCGCUUCGCUGACCCGAGGUCUGUGUCAAGUCCUGGCACCGCCGGGCGUGGUGGCCUCCGUAGCUUUCCCCGAGGCGCGGCCCGAGCUGCGGCUGCUGCAGUUCCUGUCAGCCGCCACGGAGACCCCGGUGCUGAGUGUCCUGCGGAGGGAGGCACGCGCGCCCCUCGGAGCCCCGACCCCGUUCCAUCUGCAGCUGGACUGGGCUAGCCCCCUGGAGACCAUACUGGAUGUGCUGGUGUCCCUGUUACAGGCACAUGCGUGGGAGGACGUUGCUCUAGUACUCUGCCGCGUCCGGGACCCUGGUGGCCUCGUGACACUCUGGACUAGCCGGGCUGGCCAGGCCCCGAAGUUUGUGCUGGACCUGAGCCGGCUGGACAGCGGGAAUGCCGCCCUCCGGGCAGCACUGGCCCUGCUGGGGGCUCUGGAGGGAGGGGAGAGCCCAGUGCCCGCAGCAGUCCUCCUGGGAUGCAGCACUGCCCGAGCACAGGAGGUCCUGCAGGCUGCACCACCGGGGCCCCAGUGGCUGCUGGGCACACCAUUGCCAGCCGAGGCACUGCCCACAGCUGGCCUGCCACCUGGGGUGCUGGCGCUGGGAGAAACCAAGCAACCCUCACUGGAAGCCGCCAUUCACGACAUGGUGGAGCUUGUGGCUCGGGCACUCAGUAGUAUGGCCCUGGUGUACCCAGAGCAUGCCCUGCUUUCAGCUGCGGUCAACUGCGAGGCCGGGAAAGCUGGCCAAUCUGAGUCAUCGGGGCGUACCUUGGCUCGGUUUCUGGGCAACACCUCCUUCCAGGGCCGCACGGGGGCCGUGUCGGUGACGGGCUCCUCUCAGGUGCAUGUAUCUCGGCAUUUUAAGGUGUGGAGCCUGCGUAGGGACCCGCUGGGUGCCCCAGCCUGGGCAACAGUGGGCAGCUGGCAGGAUGGACGGCUGGACUUCCAGCCAGGGGCGGCUGCUGUCCGGGUCUUAUCUCCAUCUGGCGCCCAGGCCCGGCGGAAGCUUCGAGUGGUAACUCUAGUGGAACAUCCGUUUGUGUUCACCAGGGAAUCUGAUGAAGAUGGACAGUGCCCGGCUGGGCAGCUGUGCCUAGACCCAGGCACCAAUGAUUCUGCCAGGCUGGAUGCGCUGUUCGCAGGCCUGGCCAACGGCUCGGUGCCCCGCACAUUGCGAAGAUGCUGUUAUGGCUACUGUAUUGACCUGCUGGAGCGGCUAGCUGAGGACCUGGCCUUCGACUUUGAGCUCUAUAUUGUGGGCGAUGGCAAGUACGGAGCCCUGCGUGACGGCCGCUGGACAGGCCUGGUAGGCGACCUGCUGGCUGGCCGGGCACACAUGGCCGUGACCAGCUUUAGUAUCAACUCAGCUCGCUCCCAGGUGGUGGAUUUCACCAGCCCUUUCUUCUCCACCAGCCUGGGCAUCAUGGUGCGCACACGGGAUACGGCCUCACCCAUCGGGGCUUUCAUGUGGCCCCUGCACUGGUCCAUGUGGGUGGGUGUCUUUGCUGCCCUGCACCUCACAGCACUCUUCCUCACCCUGUACGAAUGGCGAAGCCCUUACGGGCUCACACCACGUGGCCGCAAUCGCAGCACCGUCUUCUCCUACUCCUCGGCACUCAACCUCUGCUACGCCAUCCUCUUUGGACGCAUUGUCUCCAGCAAGACACCCAAGUGUCCUACCGGGCGCUUCCUCAUGAACCUCUGGGCAAUCUUCUGCCUGUUGGUGCUGUCCAGCUACACGGCCAACCUGGCUGCUGUCAUGGUUGGGGACAAGACCUUUGAGGAGCUGUCUGGGAUCCACGACCCCAAGCUGCACCACCCUUCCCAGGGCUUCCGCUUCGGCACCGUGUGGGAGAGCAGCGCCGAGGCCUACAUCAAGGCGAGCUUCCCCGAGAUGCACGCACACAUGCGGCGCCACAGCGCACCCACCACGCCACACGGAGUAGCCAUGCUCACGAGCGACCCGCCCAAGCUCAAUGCCUUCAUCAUGGACAAGUCCCUGCUGGAUUAUGAGGUGUCCAUCGACGCGGACUGCAAGUUGCUCACCGUGGGCAAGCCCUUUGCUAUCGAGGGCUACGGUAUAGGGCUGCCCCAGAACUCGCCGCUCACCUCCAACCUGUCGGAGUUCAUCAGUCGGUACAAGUCUUCCGGCUUCAUUGAUCUGCUCCAUGACAAGUGGUACAAGAUGGUUCCUUGCGGGAAGCGGGUGUUCGCCGUGACGGAGACGCUGCAGAUGGGGGUCUACCACUUCUCGGGGUUGUUCGUGCUGCUGUGCCUCGGGCUGGGCAGCGCGGUUCUCAGCUCGCUCGGUGAGCAUGUCUUCUACCGCCUGGUGCUGCCGCGCAUCCGCAGGGGCAAUAAGCUGCAGUACUGGCUUCACACCAGCCAGAAGAUCCACCGAGCCCUCAACACCGGGCCGCCCGAGGAGCAAAAGGAGAGGGCGGAACAGGAGGGCAGGGGCCCUGAGGAGCAGCUACGUGCGGCCGAGGGUGCGGGCCGCUGGAGGCGGGUGCGCCGGGCAGUGGAACGGGAGCGGCGCGUGCGUUUCCUGCUAGAACCCGGGGAGGCCAGCGAGGACCGCCCGUGGCUCUGCUCGAACGGGCCGGGGCCACAAGCGGAGCUGCGGGAGCUGGAGCUGCGCAUCGAGGCCGCGCGGGAGCGCCUGCGCAGUGCGCUGCUGAGGCGCGGGGAGCUGCGGGCCCGGCUGGGCGACGGCGCCAGGCUCAGGCCACUGCGGCUGCUGCAGGCACCGCCCGCAGAGAGCUGAGGCACUACACGGCCGCACUGUCCACGACAGUUUAUUCUAUAUACAAACACGACUCUGUACACUGCAAUUAAAUAGCGUGGAACUUGCGCCCCGCGUCCUGAGCCGCCACCUGCGAGUCCGGGCCCGCGCGCUCGGCCCCGUGCGGGCGCCGUGUGGAAGGCACUGGGGAGCACCAG